CCAAUUAUUUAAAAUUGGUAUUUCAAACAAGCAAAACUGAACCCUCCAUUGUUGCCGCCGCUUAGCUUCUGUAGUGCAGAGCCAGAAGUUUGACCCAGAAACUCUUCUGGCACGAUCAAGUUGACAUAUUUACUUGUCUUCUACUUGACGGCCAUCGGAAAAGUGAAAGCUUUUACGGUUUAUAUGUAUUGAAAACGGUAGUGGCGGCUACUCAUGAAUGAGGGCAGUGCACUCAAUUCUUGACGGCACAGUGAAUGCUUUGCGCAAGGUUUCGAUAACCCAUUGCAGGGAAUUCAAAUUAGGAGCCCUCGCAGACGUUUACUCGGCCAACAAUAUCCUCAAUGGAUAUGCGAGAUGUCAAGAUUUUUAUCUUGCACACAAAAUGUUUGAUGAUAUGCCUCACAGAGAUACUGUCUCUUGGAAUACGAUGAUCGCGGGGCAUGUAAACUAUGGAAGCUUUGAGGGUGCGUGGGAGAUAUUGAAAUCCAUGAAAAGAUGUGGGUUUGAUUCUGAUGGGUAUACAUUUGGAAGCAUACUUAAGGGGGUUGCUUGUGCUUGUCGAUGCGAUCUUGGGCAGCAAGUGCAUUCUACGAUUGUUAAGACGGGUUAUGCGGGUAAUGUUUAUUCUGGAAGUGCCCUUUUGGACAUGUAUGCAAAGUGUGGGAGGGUUGAGGAGGCGUAGGUUUUCGAAUCCUUGCCAGAACGUAAUUCUGUGUCAUGGAAUGCGCUAAUUGCUGGUUUCGUGCAAGUAGGCGAUCGCAAGACUGCUUUUUGGUUGUUGAAUUGCAUGGAGCAGGAGGGAGUGAAGUUUGAGGAUGGCACAAUUUCUCCACUUCUGACAUUGCUUGAUGAUGUCGAGUUUUACAAGUCUGUUACACAGCUCCAUUGUAAAAUUAUAAAACAUGGGCUGGGAUGUGAAAGUACAGUGUGCAAUGCGACAAUUACUUCAUACUCAGAAUGUGGGUCGAUAGAAGAUGCGGAAAGAGUGUUUGAUGCUGCUUUUGGUAACAGAGAUUUGGUAACAUGGAAUUCCAUGCUAGCAGCAUACUUGGUUCACAAUAACGAACUAGUCGCUUCCAAACUCUUCAUCGACAUGCAAAUGCAUGGAUUUGAACCAGACAUCUACAGUUAUACAAGCAUCAUCAGUGCCUAUUCUGAAGUAAAUAAAAACCAUGGAAACUUCUAUCACGGGUUGGUGAUAAAAAGGGGAUUAGAAAAAUCAGAGCCAAUCUCAAAUGCUUUGAUAGCGAGGUAUCUCAAGUCAAAUAAAAAUUCCAUGGAAGAAGCGCUGCGUAUCUUCGAAUCCAUGGAGUCUAAGGAUCGUGUUUCAUGGAACUCCAUUUUGACUGGAUUCUCACAAAUUGGUUUAAAUGAAGAUGCCUUGAAACUCUUUGGGCACAUGAGAUUUUCGGGGGUAGAGAUUGACCAUUAUGCUCUCUCAGCUGUUCUCAGGUCAUGUUCAGAUUUAGCAACCCUCCAACUGGGUCAACAGGUUCAUGCAUUGACACAUAAAUCAGGUUUCCAGUCCAAUGAAUUUGUUGCUAGUUCUUUGAUCUUUAUGUACACAAAGUGUGGGAUCAUUGAGGAUGCUAGAAAAUCUUUUGAAGAGACCCCCAGAGACAGCACAAUCACUUGGAACUCGAUCAUUUUUGGAUAUGCACAACAUGGGCAGGGAUAUGUUGCACUCGACCUCUUCUUCCAAAUGAAGAAGGAAAAGGUGAAACUAGAUCAUAUAACGUUUGUUGCAGUACUAACUGCUUGUAGCCACAUGGGUUUAGUAGAACAAGGCAGCAAAUUCCUAAAAUCUAUGGAAUCCAAUUAUGGAAUAACCCCGCGAAUGGAGCAUUAUGCUUGUGCAGUAGACCUAUAUGGGCGCGCUGGGCGUCUAGAUGAGGCAAAAGCCUUGAUUGAAGCAAUGCCAUUUAAACCCGACGCAAUGGUUUUGAAGACUUUACUUGGUGCCUGUAGGGCUUGUGGGAAUAUUGAAUUAGCUGCUCAAAUUGCAGGCCAUCUGCUAGACCUAGAGCCGGAAGAGCAUUGCACUUACGUUCUUCUCUCCGACAUGUAUGGACAUCUCAAAAGGUGGGAUGAGAAAGCUAGUGUAAAGAGGCUUAUGAGAGAGAGGGGUGUGAGGAAAGUCCCCGGCUGGAGUUGGAUAGAAGUCAAGAAUGAGGUGUUUUCUUUCAAAGCCGAAGAUCGCUCCCACCCCUAUUGCGAAGAGAUAUAUUUCGUGUUGGGAGUUUUGAUGGAGGAAAUCAGAUGGAUGUUGCUGCUAAUUUAAAGGUUUUGAUGCAUGAUUUCGAUCAUAUCGACGGGUACUUUGAUGAUAUACAUCUCCAGAACCAUGAUUCAGUUUUGUUGGCUGCAUAAGGCAGGCUCACCAUCUUUGCUCAAAAUACCAAAUUUUGUUUCACAUUUGUAUACUAUUGUGUGCACUAUUUCUUGUAACGAUUCAAAUUCUUGUUCCAAAAAAUUUAAUAAUUAAUAAAAGAGUUGGAGCGUUCGAAGUUU